AUGCCCGACCCUUCAGAGGCUGGGCCCGAAUCGCUGGCCCCUAUGGACUUAUACACUGCUCCUCGCUAUUUCGGCUUUCUCGACCAAUCUGUCGCCGUUUCUACUCUCUACGAAAACGGUAAAAAGGCGUACAGACCUUAUUUGCAUUUGCACUCAGAGCAAGAUCUUGCAGAGGCCGCCCGUCAAAUAAGCGUCGAUUGUAAUUCGUCCAAAGCAGUUUCAACGUUAGACACGAACUACAUUCCUCCAAUGCUUCACACAACACUACCACAAAUCGCAGUUCCCGCCAGGGUUGACGAUCCCUUCCAAAAUCAAUAUCAUCAAGACCGCUCUUCACUGCUGUCCCUGCGACCGCAUGAGACAGUCCAGCAACCUUAUGUAAAUCCCGGCCACAAUCUUCUCAAUUUGUCCCACAACCCUCCAGACGCAUUCCUACUUUCCGAGCUAAAUCCUUCCGAGCCAAGAGAAAAUGUUAUUUUGGAGAAUUACGACAUUACGAACUUGCUCACGAACCCUGAGCUCCAAGGAAGGGAAUUCCCAAUGGACUACCCCUUGACGCAUGCAAGCUUACCUCAACCCGACCACAGACGGUCGUCAGUUGAAAUUCUCAAUGAAUUGCCGACGGACUCCUCUGUGGAUGCAGACCUCUUUAUCGACUUGAUUCAACGAUUCCGGUACCAUUGGCUUCUUGACUUAUUCAACGAGAUUCACUGGUGGAGAGUUUUUGUUCCAAAUUAUUGUGUGCGCCUCGCCCAAGCCGCCGAAGUUGAGGGAAAGCGCCCACCUGGCUCGGCUUUCUUGCUUAUAGACUGUUUGAUGGCUUGCGCUGAUACCUCUUCAUUGGAUGAAAUACUUGAGGCGAGUCAAAGCCAAUUCACGGAAUGGGCUUUCUUUGAAGAUAAAGAGGUCAACGUGUCCACAUUCCGCUCUUUUGAAAGAGUGUUACUAAGUGUUGCUCUUGUCACAUUGUCCCUACUUAUACAAAUCACAUCGAAACCAACCUUGAUUUACGACGAGAAGUUUCAGCUACUUCUAUUAAAUCAGGGCAAGCUAUUUCAUAAACUAAUGGUCCAAUUUACACAAGUACCUCAAGGAAGGUUGAAAAAAUUGAAGCAAUCUCCCUUAACGUUGGAAAGCAUACAAGCCAUGACAGUUUUGCGUUUCAUGAUCAAAAUGAACCUUCAAGCCCGAAAUCCUUCCUUCACUUACUCCAUUAAUGCGUCUAAUUCAGAAAGUGUUUUGGCUGAAGUGAUCGAUUACUCCCUUCCUCAGCAUAUUGACUUGAGUCACUUCUUUACCAUUUCCGACUUCGAGAUACAGUUGCUAAACGAUUCCUUUGCCAAUUUCGACUUGCCACAGAUGUCGUCGCAGAACCCCCGGGUGCCUGCUAGUAGUAUAUCCGAAUCGAGGAAAUUGAGGGUGCUGUUGUGGGAGGUCAUCAAGACUGACUAUGCUACUGACAACCCUGACAUCGUAAAUCGAUUCACAUCACAUCAGGAAGCCUUCCAGUUCUUGAAAAGCACGGACAUAAGCAUAGGAAGACGACUGAGAUACCCUCAUGUGAGCACGAAUGAGAGAAGUAUUGCUCUCAAUUUCUUGUCGCUGCAUCUCAAUAAAAUCCAUAGAUAUACUUCCCAGGACACAAGAGCUGGGUGUGUUAAGUUAUUUCAGAUGAUCGAUGAAUCAUCAAUGGACAAAAGUUUUGUGGCACAAUGGCAUCGUUAUUUCUCUUGGGUAUUGGAGUAA